AUGUACGUCGAUGGUGCGUCCACCACGCGUCGAACCGCGUUCAGGGACGCUGAAAAGAGAUACCAGCUCAAGCUCGUCGAGCAGUUCCGCGUGAGCGCGAACGGGAAGAGACGCGGCGGGCGAUUCGUCGCCGAACCGACGGACCUGAGCGACGUACUUGACUUUUCGGUCGACGACGAGCGCUCGAGUCGCCGCUCGCUCGUCUCCACGAGUGGAACGACGGAGACGUACGCAAUUGAUGGGCACCCAGGAUUUUAUUACGUGAAGAACGCGCUCUCGGCGGAGGAGCAGAGGACGUGGGUGCGUGCGGCGGUGAGCGAGCUGUGCGAGCCGCCAGCUCGGACGAAUUUCGCGAAAGAGUUGGGGGAGCUCCCGUCAGGGCUAUGGAACGCGGUGCAAGAGGAUUUGAUGCUCUUCGACGGUGCGUGGGCGCGUCCGGGGCGAGAGGUGAAGCGGGGUGACGCGGAGGAGCGAUUCUUUGCUCGGCACUUGCUGAAAAAGUUGCGAUGGGCAACAGUCGGUGCGCCGUUUGAGUGGACAUCUCGCGUGUACGAACCCGACGUCCCCAGACGGGCGAUAAGCGAUGAUUUAGUCGAACUCACUCGACGAAUUGCUCGCGCGGCGCCCGAGAAAUGGACGUUCGACGCCCAGGCUGGGCUGGUGAACUAUUACCAACCGGGCGACACACUUAACGGGCACAUGGACGAUGCAGAGAACAAUUUAGAUCGACCCAUCGUGAGCAUUUCGCUCGGAUGUCCCGCGGUAUUCUUACUCGGACAUGAAAACAGAGAUAAGUCUCCUACGGCGAUGAUCCUUCGAUCGGGCGAUGCCGUCAUCCUAGGCGGCGAAUCAAGAAAGUGUUACCACGGCGUGCCACGCGUGUUCGCCUCUGACGAGAGCCUGGAAUUCGAGCUCCCGACGUGUUUGCGAGCCGAGGCGUGGGACGACGAUGCCUAUGCCUCGUAUAUUUCUCGCGCGCGAAUCAAUAUUAGCAUUAGGGACAUAGACUAA